UACACAGUAGUGAAGAAGACAUUCUGUAAGUAUGAGACACCCAGCAGCCGUCCUCCUGUGUCAGGAGGACUAAGCAGGACAUAGAGCCCCAUCACAGUGCAUCCACCUCACUCACUGAUACAUGAGAGACACAGUGACCAGAAGAUCCUGGAACUCACCAACAAGAUCAUUCAGCUCCUGAUAGGAGAGGAGGGGGAGUAUAUGGAAGAACACAGGGGUCUAUACAAGGACGUGAUGAUGGAGAAUCACUGGCCCCUCACAUCACUCGAUGGGCCCAGUAACAGUGAUACCCCAGAGAGAUGUCCCCAUCCUCUGUAUUCCCAGGAUUGUACAGAGGAGAAUCACAGGAUCCCACAGGAGGAUCAGGUAGAACGUCUGUCUGAUAUUAAAAUAGAAGAUAUAGAGGGAGAAGAAGAGACGUAUGUGACUGAUAUAAAGGCAGAAGAUAUAGAGGGAGAAGAAGAGACGUAUGUGACUGAUAUAAAGGCAGAAGAUACAGAGGGAGAAGAAGAGACGUAUGUGACUGAUAUAAAGGCAGAAGAUACAGAGAGAGAAGAAGAGAUGUAUGUGACUGAUAUAAAGGCAGAAGAUGUAGAGGGAGAAGAAGAGACAUAUGUAACUGAUAUAAAGGCAGAAGAUGUAGAGGGAGAAGAAGAGACGUAUGUGACUGAUAUAAAGGCAGCAGAUAUAGAGGGAGAAGAAGAGACGUAUGUGACUGAUAUGAAGGCAGAAGAUAUAGAGGGAGAAGAAGAGACAUAUGUGACUGAUAUAAAGGCAGAAGAUAUAGAGGGAGAAGAAGAGACGUAUGUGAGGGGUGAUCAGCAGUGUAAGGAGGAGGAAAUCCCUACAUAUAUCAGCACAGCAGAUGGACACACAAGCAGGAAUAUCUCCGAAGGACAUCUAAUGUUAUCCCCGGAUUGUGACAUAAAAGAUAAUGACAGUAGACAGGAUUCUCCAGGAGAUAACCCCAUUACCCCAAUUAUACAUCCAGCUCUAUCAGCUGAUCCCCCUGAUCCUGGGAAAUGUUCUCCUGAUCACUCUGAUAUUGGUGCAUCUGUUACAGCACUGACAGUAGAUACAGUGUUUCCCUGUUCUAUAGAUGCCAAAUGUUUUACACAAAACACAAAGCCUAUUACCCAUCAGACAGGUAAGGCAGGUGAGAGGCCAUUUCCAUGUUCUAAGUGUGGGAAAUGUUUUGCACAGAAAUCAUCUCUUGUUAUACAUGAGAGAAGUCACACAGGUAAGAAGCCAUUUUCAUGUUCUGAGUGUGGGAAAUGUUUUACAUCCAAAUCAUAUUUUGUUAUACAUCAGAAAACUCACAUAGGUGAGAGUCCAUUUACAUGUUCUGAGUGUGGGAAAUGUUUUACACGUAAAUCACAUCUUGUUCAACAUGAGAGAAGUCACACCGGUGAGAAGCCAUUUUCAUGUUCUGAGUGUGGGAAAUGUUUUACACGGAAAUCACAUCUUGUUCAACAUGAGAGAAGUCACACCGGAGAGAAGCCAUUUUCAUGUUCUGAAUGUGGAAAACGUUUUUCACACAAGUCUUGUCUUGUUAUACAUGAGAGAAAUCACACCGGAGAGGGGCCAAUUUCAUGUUCUGAGUGUGGGAAAUGUUUUGCACAGAAAUCAACUCUUGUUAGACAUGAGAGAAGUCACACCGGAGAGAAGCCAUUUACAUGUUCUGAGUGUGGGAAAUGUUUUUCACUAAAAUCAAAUCUUGUUCAACAUGAAAGAAGUCACACUGGAGAGAAGCCAUUUUCUUGUUCUGAGUGUGGAAAAGGUUUUUCACACAAGUCAUAUCUUGUUAUACAUGAGAGAAGUCACACCGGAGAGAAGCCAUUUUCAUGUUCUGAGUGUGGAAAAGGUUUUUCACACAAGUCAUAUCUUGUUAUACAUGAGAGAAGUCACACAGGUGAGAAGCCAUUUGCAUUUUCUGAGUGUGGAAAAGGUUUUUCACACAAGUCCUAUCUUGUUAGACAUGAAAGAAGUCACACAAGUGAGAAGCCAUUUUCAUGUUCUGAGUGUGGCAAAUGUUUUAUACGGAAAUCACAUCUUGUUAGACAUGAGAGAAGUCACACAGGUGAGAAGCCAUUUUCAUGUACUGAGUGUGGGAAAGGGUUUAUACAAAAAUCACAUCUUGUUCGACAUGAGAGAAGUCACACUGGAGAGAAGCCAUUUACAUGUUCUGAGUGUGGGAAAGGUUUUAUACGGAAAUCACAUCUUGUUCAACAUGAGAGAACUCACAGAGGUGUGAAGCAAUUUGCAUGCUGAGUGAUUAAUAAAUCAGCUCUUGUUGGACACAGUAGACAUCACACAAGUGGUGAACCAUUUUAAUCUUCUGGAUAUACUCAUCUUCACCAUUUCCCUGCAAUGUUCCUUCAGGUUUUAUCUUAUGUCCUGUGUUUUUUUUACAAUAUACAUGCUGCUACUGGGUGAAAUAAUAAGACGUCAUGUCCUCCUUUACCUCUGUUAUGCAGAUAACCUGUCUUUGUUCCGGGUACUGAAAACAAUACCAAUACUAAAUGUCUAGCUGAGCUCCAGAUGUGGGUGAUGCUAGUUGGCCAUGACUCAGUCCUAGUGAAACAGGUCCAUAUGCUAAUGCACGCCGACUCGCCUGUCUUCUGAUUACUUCCACUCCUAUCCAAGAUUUUUCACGUGCUGCUCCCUUACUCUGGAAUUCCCUACCUCUCCCCCUCAGACUCUCCACCUCUCUACAAAACUUCAAACGGGCUCUUAAGACCCAUUUCUUUACCAAACCCAGCCAACUCUCAUCCUAACCCUCUGUUCCACGCUCUCUAUGUACCCCAUCUGUGUCACCCCUGUCUGUCUACCCCUCCCCUUAGAAUGUAAGCUCUCACAAGCAGGGCCCUCUUCCCUCAUGUGCUUAUCCUUUUCUUACUUUAAUAAUCCUCAACUGCCCAAAUCCUGCAGUUUUUUGGCCAUCCUGGAACUUAUCUCUAUGUCAUUUACUGGUGUAGUUAUGCUUAGUUACCCUGUACUUGUCCUAUAUUGUCUUCAACUGUAAGUCACUGUUUUCCUGUUUUGAUUAUGUGCACAUGUACUCUGUAAUUGGGUGCUGCGGAACCCUUGUGGUGCCAUAUAAAUAAAGGAUAAUAAUAAUAAUGUAGAAGCUCAGCAACAAAUGGUAAGACUGCUGCUUUGCCGACCAGACCUACACUUAGGGGUUCAGAGUUUGUAUGGAACCUUUGUGUCCUGGAUGGUGGAGUGACACUUAGACAUCCGGUAUCAGCCAAAGAUCCUCAUCUGAGGACCAUAGCCAGACUCCAGUACUUAAGUCCCUCAGAAGAUCUACCUACAGUCAUACAUGCACUUGUAUCAUCACACAUAGACUACUGCAAUGUCCUCUACCUGGGUCUCCCAGCAAUAGAAUUGCACCGCUUGUAGCUUGUACAGAAUGCAGCAGCCAGGCUGUUACCUAACCAGCCCGUUCCUGCCACAUAACAUCCAUUCUCUGCUCCCUUCACCGGCUGCCUGUAAGAUGGUGACUAUUACAUAAUCUUACUGACUCUCCCAGGCCUACGUGACCAGGGUCAAAGGUACCAGAAGCAGCUUCUGCCUCCUUACUGCCCUGGUUACUUCCAUCUGCAGAUGGACUGUUACCAGCAGCACCAAGAAUCUGCCGUAAUUCAUUUGUGGAUGAUCUGUUAGCAUUGUAGCCCUGACCAUGGAACCUGCUGCCUCACACAGUCCAAGAGACCUCCACUCUGGAGACCACAAACAGACUGAUGACUGUUACAUUAAUGUUCCUUCACUUCCUAAAUAAUACAUCCCACAUGCUGAGUCCUUUAUUCUGUUCUACUUAUUGUGUAUCUUGUGCUCUGUGUAAAUGUGAAUGUAAAGUUCUGUGAGUGCUAUUGGGAGGAAAGUGCUGUAUAAGUAACAUUAUUACUGGUGAGAAUGACAGGAGUCAGAUCUAGUUACACCAUACGUUACAUAUACAGAAGGGGAAAUGUAUAAGUAACAUUAUUACUGGUGAGAAUGACAGGAGUCAGAUCUAGUUACACCACACGUUCCAUAUACAGAAGGGGAAAUGUAUAAGUAACAUUAAUACCGGUGAGAAUGACAGGAGUCAGAUCUAGUUACACCAUACGUGUUAGGCGCCGGGGUACCUUCCAUUGCUCUUUGCUCAAACCAUAUGUUUUUCUAGCAGAUUUCCUCGUAAAAAAUCUCAGGGGAGAUCACCAGUUAAUGUACAGGGUCAGCAGGAGUUCUUGGUUGAGAAGGUUCUCGAUUCCAAGUUGUCCCGGGGUCGGCUUUAUUUUUUGGUGCAUUGGAGAGGUUAUGGUCCUGAGGAAAGGUCG